UGGCCGUGAAGUGAAUACCUCCUUAGCUAGUUAUGUGACUGAGAAGCUGUUGUGUAAAUGUUCGUCCUCAUAAAUGCCAGCAAUCUUCGUCAACAAUACGAGUGAUAGAGCAUAGAUACGUCGAGGUCUUAGAAACACGAUGAUGUCUGCUGUAUUUGCAAGGAGGCUUAUUGGUGGCGUGUGUCGGGCUUCCCUACGCCCAUCAAUGGCAGGUGCAGUGUCUGCACGAGGUUACCGAGGUGAUGCACCUGAGCCCGAAAUGACUGAAGUCCCCCUGCCACCGUGGGUGGAGAAGAUUGGCGAGCCAGUCGACAUCAAGAGGAAAAGACUCUUAUAUGCGAGCCGCAAAAGAGGCAUGCUUGAGAACUGCAUCUUGCUAAGCCUAUUUGCCAAGGAGUACUUAAACACCAUGACAGAACACCAGCUACAUCAGUACGACAGAUUAAUCAAUGAGCCAAGCAAUGACUGGGACAUCUACUACUGGGCAACAGAGGCGCUGCCAACACCUGAAGCGUACAGUGGAGAGAUCAUGGAUCUCCUGAAGGAGUUCACCAAGAACCGUCAACAAGAGCAGCGUCUGGAUGCACCAAACCUGGAAUACCUGGACGUGGGGAAGAACUGAGAUGGCCCGGGCCCUUUCCAGAGACUUGGGACAUGCUCACAUGGCACAUGGUCAUAUAUCUGAGGCUUAACAAGCGGCCUGUUUUUCUUUCUUUUCGUGGUUUGACAUAGACAGUGAUUUAUUUAUCACACAUACAUCGGGGUAAAUCAACAGACCUGACCUGACUGACUGACUGACCUGGGAAAGUAUGUAAGGGACUGUAUUUAUUUAAAAAGUGGAAUAACUAGUUGUUGUUGUGUCAAUGAAAGGCAUUGAUCUAAAAUGUUAUGUACAUAAGUGCAUAUAUAUACAUGCAGAAGUUUAUUUAGUGUUUUUUGGCACUAUUAUGGUAUUCGUUAGAAUACUUUCCUCCUAAAUCUCACUCAUAUGCACACAAAAUACAGUGGUAGAGAGUUAUAGUUAUAUAUGUAUGAGAUGUAGCUGGCGUGUUUUGUGUGGCCGAGUCUAUAAAUUAAACAAAUAUUUGGUUUCAACUAUAAA